AGUGUUAUUUAUUAGCGGGUUGUGCGCUGCGAAUAUAAGUGCGAACCUGUGGGACUUGUCGUUUUAGUAUUGCUGUGGCAGCGCAUUACAAACGUUCGUCAGAAUUUUAAGACAAGGCUUUUAUAAAUAAUAUAUUCUGAAAGUGCGUAUAAUGAUAUCGGUAGAUACGGCUUGCCUCUUGGCAACACUCUUCGCACUCGUCUACAUUUGGAGUCGCUACACAUAUGGCUACUGGCAACGUCAGAAGGUGCCCUAUAUGCCAGCAGUGCCGCUGAUUGGCAACAUGCAAGUCCUGCUAACACUCAGCAACAGUUUCUAUCUAUAUCUCUCGGACAUUUAUAAGGAUGCGCGUAUGUCAAAGGCUGCCGCAGUCGGUAUUUAUUUAUUCAACAAGCCAGCGUUACUGCUACGUGAACCGGAACUAAUUAAAUCGGUACUAAUUAAGGAGUUCGCGAAGUUCGCUAAUCGUGCAGCCGCCUGUGAUCCGCACGGUGAUGCUUUGGGUUCGAAUAAUUUGUUCUUCAUACGCAAUCCACAAUGGAAGGAUUUGAGAGCAAAAAUAACGCCGGUCUUCACAACGGGAAAAAUUAAACAAAUGUAUCCAUUGAUGACAGAGAUCGGCACUGAGUUAGAGGCGCAUUUAAAAUCAUAUGAGAAAAAUGGUGACGCUUUCGUAACCGAAGUUAAGGAGAUAUGUGCGCUCUUCACCACCGAUCUGAUUGCCACAAUCGCGUUUGGCGUUAAGGCCAACAGUCUUGUAAAUCCGAAUGGCGAUUUUCGUACGCAAGGCCGAAAACUACUCACUUUUACACCCGGUCGCGCGUUUGCAUUUUUCGUCGCUUUCUUCUAUCCGAAUUGGGUCACCACAUUGCGUAUUAAACUUUUCACAACCGAAUUCAGUUCAUUUUUACGUAGUACCAUCGGUCACGUGAUGGCGUUGCGAGAGCAGAGCAAAGCGACGCGUAACGAUCUAAUCGAUGUGUUGUUGAGCCUGAAAGAGGAGGCCGUUGCGAAGGGCGAGUAUAAUACUCAGUUACAGGAUAUGUUGACCGCACAAGCCGCAGUAUUUCUGUCAGCUGGUUUUGAGACGUCCUCUUCGACAAUGGCAUUUGUGCUAUACGAAUUAUCCAAGCGGCUAGAUUUACAAGAACGCCUGCGUAACGAGAUUUGUGAUGCUUUCGUAGCGGAGCAGGGUAAACUGUCCUAUGAGACUAUCAAUAAUUUACCAUAUCUGAAUAUGGUAGUGGACGAAGUGUUGCGUUUGUAUCCAGUGUUACCUUUUCUCGAUCGCCAACACCUGCCGAAGGCGGGUGAAAAACAAUUCGAUCUGAAACCAUAUUACGAUUACACGGUGCCAAUAGGUAUGCCUGUUUAUAUACCAGUCUUUGGCUUACAACGUGAUCCCCAGUACUGGCCCAACCCGAAUACAUUUGAUCCGGAACGCUUCAGCCCCGAGAAUAAGAAAACCCAUAAUCCUAUGGCCUAUCUACCGUUCGGCACUGGACCGCGUAAUUGUAUUGGUAGUCGCAUCGGUUUGCUGCAAACUAAACUCGGUUUGGUGCAUAUAUUGAAGAACCAUUGUGUGACCAGAAGUGAAAAAACACCGGCGGAAAUCACAUUCGAUCCGCUGUCUAUAGUUUUAAGUUACAAAGGCGGCAUUUACUUGAAAUUUGUCAAUGACAAACUCUAUGAGCGUAAUGCGAGACUGUGAUUGUUUGAACUAAUUCCGAUAAAUGUAGAUAAAAUAAAAACUAAAUCGAAAAUAAAUAUAUGUUUUAGAAAAAAAUUAA